CGGGCGGGCGGCGGGGGCCGGGGGCGGUGGGGCGCGGCGAGGCGGGGCGCGGCGGCGCCGCCGCCCCGGUGAUGCCCUUGUGAGGCGCCCGGGGGGCAGCGGCGGCGGCAGGACGCGCUCCCGCGGGGCUCCCUCCCCCCGGCCACCAUUAAGAGGACGGCGAUGGAGGAGCUGAGCGCGGACGAGAUUCGUCGAAGGCGCCUUGCUCGGUUGGCAGGUGGGCCAUCUUCCCAGCCUACUACACCACUUACAUCACCCCAGCGAGAGACCCCACCUGGACCACCUGUAGUAGCACCAGCCCCGGGGCCAUCCCACAGUCUAGGCCUAAAUGUCCAUAGCAUGACCCCAGCUACCUCUCCAAUUGGUGCAUCAGGAGUAGCCCACCGAAGCCAGAGCAGCGAAGGAGUGAGUUCACUCAGCAGUUCUCCAUCUAACAGCCUUGAAACACAAUCUCAGUCUCUCUCUCGGUCUCAGAGCAUGGAUAUUGAUAGUGUCUCCUGUGAGAAAAGUAUGUCCCAGGUAGAUGUGGAUUCAGGAAUUGAAAAUAUGGAAGUCGAUGAGAACGAUCGCAGAGAGAAGAGGAGUCUGACGGAUAAGGAGCCUCUGUCUGGGUCUGAAGUGUCUGAGGAACAAGCUUUACAGCUGGUCUGUAAGAUCUUCAGAGUUUCUUGGAAGGACCGAGAUAGAGAUGUCAUCUUCCUGACUUCGCUCUCUGCCCAAUUUAAGCAGAACCCAAAGGAAGUGUUUUCCGAUUUUAAGGACUUGAUUGGACAGAUUUUGAUGGAAGUUCUGAUGAUGUCAACCCAGUCAAGAGAUGAAAACCCAUUUGCCAGCCUGACAGCUACAUCGCAACCAAUUGCUGCAGCUGCCCGGUCACCUGAUAGAAGCCUAAUUUUAAACACUGGCUCCAACCCAGGAACCAGCCCUAUGUUCUGUAAUGUGGGCUCCUUUGGUUCCAGUUCAUUAUCCAGUCUCUAUGGGACUAGUCCAGCUCCUACUAUCAAUUUCACAAGCUAUGUACCAAUGACUGGUUCAUCUCUUACCCCACCAGCCAGUUCAGUUGCCACCACAUCAGUGCCUUCCAUUUCUGUCAGCUCUCACCUCACUGCAGCAAGCCCUUCUGGGAUCCAGCCCUCCUCUCCGAGGUACCGGCCAUACACUGUUGCCCAUUCUGGAGGCUUUUCAGCUUCUUCCAUCCCGCGUUCCUUGAAUAUUUCCAUCCCAUCUAGUUCACCAAGUCCUCCAGUCACAGCUACUAGCCCUCCGGGCAUGCCAGUCAUCACGUCCAGGCAGAGACCCACGGCAAUGGGUCCACCUUUGUUUACCGCUUCACCCAGUACCUUGCGCAGGCGUUCCUCUUUACUGAACAGGAUUCCUUCUAGUGUGGGAGGCUCUGGCAGCUCAAGUGUUUCCGAUUCCUGCAGUGACCACUUCACCAUUGAAACUUGUAAGGAGACAGAGAUGCUGAACUACCUCAUUGAGUGUUUUGACAGAGUUGGAAUAGAGGAGAGAAAAGCACCAAAGAUGUGUAGCCAGCCAACAGUUAGUCAGCUACUGAGCAACAUCCGAUCACAGUGCAUUUCCCAUGCUGCUUUGGUGCUACAGGGAUCCUUAACGCAACCAAGGUCAUUGCAGCAGCAGUCUCUGCUGGUACCAUAUAUGCUGUGUAGGAACCUCCCAUUUGGCUUCAUCCAAGAACUGGUGAGAACAACUUACCAAGACGAAGAGGUGUUCAAACAGAUCUUUAUCCCCAUCUUACAAGGCCUGGCUCUGGCUUCCAAAGAGUGCUCCCUGGAUAGUGACAACUUUAAAUACCCCCUUAUGGCAUUAUGUGAACUUUGUGAAAUCAAGUUUGGGAAAACACACCCCAUGUGCAGUUUGGUUGUAUCUUUGCCCUUGUGGUUGCCUAAAUCUUUAAGCACAGGUGCAGGAAGAGAGCUGCAAAGACUUUCUUAUCUUGGAGCCUUCCUCAGUCUCUCUGUCUUUGCUGAAGAUGAUAACAAAGUUGUUGAAAAGUACUUCUCAGGGCCUGCCAUUACUCUUGAAAACACCCGGGUUGUUAGCCAGUCUUUGCAACAUUACCUGGAAUUAGCAAGGCAAGAGCUGUUCAAAAUUCUACACAGUAUUUUACUGAAUGGCGAAACUCGAGAAGCAGCUCUCAGUUACAUGGCAGCUGUUGUCAAUGCCAACAUGAAGAAGGCACAGAUGCAGACGGAUGAUCGUUUGGUAUCUACUGAUGGCUUUAUGCUCAACUUUUUAUGGGUACUACAGCAACUAAGUACGAAGAUAAAGCUGGAAACGGUUGAUCCCACGUACAUCUUUCAUCCCAGGUGUCGUAUUGACCUUCCAACCGAUGAGACAAGAGUGAAAGCAACAAUGGAGGAUGUUACAGCCUGGAUUGCUGAGCUUCACAGGGAUCCGUCUUCAUUUUCUGAGCCGAAAUUCCCAACGGAAUGUUUCUUCCUCACCCUGCAUGCCCAUCAUCUCUCCAUCCUGCCAAGCUGCCGCCGGUACAUACGUAGACUGCGGGCCAUCAGGGAACUCAACAGGACUGUUGAAGAUCUGAAAAACAAUGAAAGUCAGUGGAAGGAUUCUCCUCUUGCUACCAGGCAUCGAGAGAUGCUGAAACGUUGCAAGACACAACUUAAGAAACUGGUGAGGUGCAAGGCUUGUGCAGAUGCUGGUUUGCUGGAUGAGAACUUUCUUAGGAGAUGUCUGAAUUUCUAUGGCAUGGUGAUUCAGCUGAUGCUUCGCAUUCUUGACCCUGCCUAUCCCAACAUAAAACUGCCUUUAGCUCCUGAAGUUCCGAAGGUAUUUGCAGCAUUGCCAGAGUUUUAUGUGGAAGAUGUUGCUGAAUUUUUGUUUUUUAUUGUACAAUACGCUCCUCAGGUGCUUUAUGAGCCCUGUACUCAGGACAUUGUAAUGUUCCUUGUUGUGAUGCUGUGCAACCAGAACUACAUCCGAAAUCCUUAUUUGGUAGCCAAGCUGGUGGAAGUGAUGUUCAUGACAAAUCCAGCUGUUCAGCCCCGGACACAGAAGUUCUUUGAAAUGAUUGAGAACCAUCCCCUCUCCACUAAAUUGUUAGUCCCCUCCUUGAUGAAGUUUUACACAGAUGUUGAACAUACUGGAGCCACUAGUGAAUUCUAUGACAAGUUUACAAUCCGCUACCACAUCAGCACCAUUUUCAAAAGCCUCUGGCAGAAUAUAGCUCACCAUGGUACAUUCAUGGAAGAGUUCAACUCUGGGAAGCAGUUUGUUCGCUACAUCAACAUGCUGAUAAAUGACACAACUUUCUUGCUGGAUGAGAGUCUGGAGUCCCUAAAACGUAUCCAUGAAGUGCAAGAGGAGAUGAAGAAUAAAGAACAAUGGGACCUGCUGCCCAGGGAUCAGCAGCAGGCUCGACAGUCGCAGCUCGCUCAGGAUGAGCGUGUGUCUCGUUCAUAUCUUGCCCUGGCAACAGAAACUGUUGACAUGUUCCAUAUCCUUACCAAGCAGGUUCAAAAGCCUUUCCUCAGACCUGAACUUGGACCACGAUUGGCUGCUAUGCUGAACUUCAACCUACAGCAACUGUGCGGCCCCAAGUGCCGUGACCUGAAAGUUGAAAACCCUGAGAAAUAUGGGUUUGAACCAAAGAAGCUGUUGGACCAACUGACUGAUAUUUAUCUACAGUUAGAUUGUGCUCGCUUUGCUAAAGCAAUUGCUGAUGAUCAGAGGUCCUACAGCAAAGAGCUCUUUGAGGAGGUUAUUUCAAAGAUGAGAAAGGCUGGAAUCAAGUCAACCAUAGCAAUAGAAAAAUUCAAACUGCUGGCAGAGAAAGUGGAGGAAAUUGUUGCCAAGAAUGCUCGUGCAGAAAUUGAUUACAGUGAUGCUCCAGAUGAAUUCAGAGAUCCACUCAUGGACACUCUGAUGACUGAUCCUGUGAGGCUGCCAUCUGGAACUAUUAUGGAUAGGUCAAUCAUCCUGAGGCAUCUGUUGAACUCUUCCACUGAUCCUUUCAAUCGUCAGACGCUGACCGAAAAUAUGCUGGAACCAGUGCCAGAACUUAAAGAGCAAAUCCAAGCCUGGAUGAGAGACAAGCAAAAUGCUGAUCAUUAAAAAUUCCCUCGCAGUGCACGCCAAUGCCAAUGGGAAGAACAGGGCGUGGGCUGGUCUGGUAAUAGUGGAGCAGAUACACUUUGAAAGCUAUUGAUGGGAUUAGCACGCCCACUGGCACUGACUUGCAGUAGUGACCAGAAGCGUGUGGACGAGAAGAAAAGCAGCUUAAUUCUUGUACAUAUAUUUAAGUGAUAACGAUGGUCAAUAACAUGGAGGACAAAUUAGGAAGUUGCUUAUGUUACAAAACUGUCCUUCAGUAUGUCACGUUUUGGAGUUUUUACAGCUGAAUUAUUUUAGCAAAGAUGAAUGGAUCAGGGCAGCAUCCCUUCAACCUUAUUUUUUACAGCCAGAUAUCCGUUAAUUUGAUUGUGGUUAGAACCUUGGACAUUUUGCUGCUAAAGUAACUUUUUCCUCUUUCCCUCCCUUCUUCCACCCCACAAACCUGCACUGCUGUCUUUUUUUUUUAAUGCAAAAAAAUAAAAAACCCUGUAAAAAAAAAUCAUUCCCCUGCCCUCAAAAGAACAUAAUCUGUGCGAUAACUGUGCCUGCAACAAAGUGUUAAUCUUGGGAUCGUAUUUUUAUAUUAUACAUAUUCACAUAUUUGUUUUUUUAAUUGGUGUUAGAAGAUACAAGAAUAAUUUAAAAAAGGCAAAGAUUUGACAUGUGGAUUUUAAGUUCUGGCUCUUUGAGGUGUCACUUUUCUUUAUGUUGAUCUAGAUGCUCUGGUAUUUUUGACAAGCCUUGUGAUAGAAAUAUGAUAAAACAGCUGCCAUGAAUGAGAUACUUGGAAUACCAGGAUUUCAGUGACUUUUUUAAAAAUAAAAUCCAUUCUUUUAAUGCUGAACAUAUAUGCUAAAUGACAGUUCUGAGCCAUUGGAGCUUGUCUGCAGAGAGCAGAUCCUUUUAUUCUUAGAGGUUGCAGUUAGGGCAGGGGUCAUUUUUAUGUUGCUUACCAAUUUGUAUCCAUGGCUUGGCCUUACCAAAGCAAAAAGGGUGCAGGAAAUGUAGAAUUACAUUUUUUUAAAAAAAAAAUAAAAAAUAUUCACAAACAUUUUUGUAUUACUGCCCCCUGCUUAUGAUACUUGAAUUUCCUUUUUAAAAAGGAUUUGAAACCACAGUGUUUUAAAAUUAAGUCUGUAAAAAAAAGGUUGUUUUUCUUUUAUUUGUUUUUUCCGCUGUGUCCUCUGUUCAAUUCCUGACUCUUGAACUACAAUAAAUGGUGAUACACACUCACAGAGAA